AUGGACUUUUUCGAUCAUCCCUACUAUAGACUUACUAAGAAAUUAUUAUCACUUAUAGGACAAUGGCCAUAUCAGGAAUCCAGUGAACGUCGUUUUCGUAGCUUCAUUGUAUUCAUCUCAUUUUUUAGUUUCUUAUCUACACAGAUAUUAUUGUCUUUUACUUAUUACGGAAACAUCGAUAUUAUUAUCGAAACUGUGGCACCUAUAUCAGCAGCAUUGAUUAGUAUGAUCAAAUACUAUACUCUUCAAUUUAAUAGAGACAAAAUAAAACAACUUUUGGAUCAUUUAUUAUACAAUUGGCAAUUAUGUAGAACGAAAGAAGAAUUGGAAAUUAUGCAUAAAUUUGGAAAAGAGACAAAAUUACUUACUUUUUAUUAUACAAUAUAUAUAUAUACAUGCAUGACGAUGUUUCUCCUAGUACCAAUUGUUCCAAUUAUCAUGGAUAUCGUCGUACCUUUGAACGAGUCACGUCCUUUGAAACCAAUAUUUAAAGGCGAAUAUUUCAUCGACGAGGACAAAUAUUUUUUCCCAAUUUAUUUUCACAUGUGUACAACUAUAGUUAUCAUUAUAUCAGCAUUAAUUACCUCUGAUACUCUCUUUCUGACGUUCAAUUCACAUAUUUGUGGUAUAUUCGCAGCAGUUGGAUAUCGUUUGGAAAAUUUGUUAAAGAAUCAAAUUGAUUCCACAUCUUCCUUCGAUAAUUUAUCGAAACAUAAGUGUCACGAAAAUAUUCGAUAUUCUAUCAGAAAUCAUAAAAGUGCAUUAAAGUUUGCCGAACUCAUUGAAUCUUUUUACUCAGUAUCAUUACUUCUGCAAGCAAGCUUGAGUUUAAUAUGCAUGAGUAUCUCUUUGUUUGAAAUGCUGAUAUUUUUACAAAAUUCAACAGAAUUGUUCAGAUAUUUCAAUUUUGCAAUUGCUCAAAUAGUUCAUCUUUUCUGCAUGUGUUAUCCUGGUCAAAGAAUGAUAGAUUAUAGCACCGAUAUACGUAUCAAAGCAUACAAUGGACUGUGGUAUAAAGCGCCAUUGUCAAUACAUAAAUUACUGAUACUGAUAAUACGAAAAAGUUUGAAACCAUCUUACUUGACUGCUGGAAAAGUAUUCAUAUUUUGUUUAGAAACUUUUGCAACGAUUAUACAAACUGCCACUUCAUAUUUUAUGGUAUUAUUGCUUUUUACUUAUUACGGAAACGUCGAUAUUAUUAUCGAAACUAUGGCACCUAUGUCUGCAGUAGCAGUUUGCAUCAUUAAAUACUAUACCGUCCAAUUUAAUAGAGAAAAAAUAAAACAACUUUUGGAUCAUUUAUUAUACAAUUGGCAAUUAUGUAGAACGAAAGAAGAAUUAGAAAUUAUGCAUAAAUUUGGAAAAGAGACUAAAUUAUUUACUUUUUGUUAUACAAUAUAUAUAUAUACAUGCAUGACGAUGUUUCUCCUAGUACCAAUUGUUCCAAUUAUCAUGGAUAUCAUCGUACCUUUAAACGAGUCACGUCCUUUAAAACCAAUAUUCAAAGGCGAAUAUUUCAUGAACGAGGACGAACAUUUUUACUUUAUUUAUUUUCACAUGAGUAUAUCUAUAACGAUCUCUAUAACAGGAUUAGUUACAAGUGAUUUACUCUUUCUGAUGUUUAAUUCACAUAUUUGUGGUAUAUUCGCAGCAGUUGGAUGUCGUUUAGAAAAUUUUUUAAAGGAUCAAAUUGAUUCCAAAUCUUCCUUAGAUGAUUUAUCGAAACAUAAGUGUCUCGAAAAUAUUCAAUAUUCUAUCAGAAAUCAUAAAAGUGCAAUAAAGUUUGCUGAACACAUUGAAUCUUUUUACUCGGUGUCAUUACUGAUACAAUCUGGCUUGAGUUUGAUAUGUAUGAGUAUUUCUUUGUUCGAAAUGCUGAUAGUUUUGCAAAAUUCAGUAGAAGCGUUUAGGUAUUUCAAUUUUGCAGUUGCUCAAUUGCUUCAUCUUUUCUGCAUGUGUUAUCCUGGACAAAGAAUGAUAGAUUAUAGCACCGAUAUACGUAUCAAAGCAUACAAUGGACUAUGGUAUAAAGCGCCAUUGUCGAUACAUAAAUUAUUAAUAUUGAUAAUGCGAAAAAGUUUGGAACCAUCUUAUUUAACUGCUGGAAAAAUAUUCAUAUUUUGUUUAGAAACUUUUGCAACGAUUUUACAAACUUCUACUUCUUAUUUUAUGGUAAUUUCAUCGGUCCAUUAAUUAUCCAAUACAA